AAAAAUUUAGACGAAAGUAACAAGAUAGAAUUUCGACAAAUAAUAGAAAAGAAAAAGGAUAAAAUAUGGAAGUAUUGUCUGCUAAAGAUGGAUUUAGCACCAUAGCCGGCUGACAGAAAAGCUCUCCCAGGAAACAUCAAAGACUUUCCAGAACAUCUUGAGACAAUUGCAAUUACUAUUACCCAAAGGCCUAUCGAUGUCUUUUAUUUGUCUCUUGUCUAACUACAUGUAUUUUUCCUCCAUAUAAUACCCUCUCUUUCUCUUAAUCUCUGCAGCCCCAGUACCCCACCCUAAUUUCUUGAUGAGAUUUUGGGACUCUAAGUCAACACUUUCCAUGGAAUCCAGCCAGCUAGAAGACUCGAAGAGCUCGAGUGAAGAAACUGAUCGAUCGGAGCAAAGCAACGAUGAUACGGGCACUGGUCGGUCCUACGAGUGUGUGUUUUGCAAGAGAGGCUUCACCACAGCACAAGCUUUAGGAGGCCACAUGAAUAUCCAUAGGAAAGAUAGGGCCAAGGGCAGCAGGCCUAGUUCAGUUCCUAUUGUUUCAGAUAAAUUUGUUGAUGUUGAUGAUCAUGACAAUUACAACCCAAGAAUAAGCUCCUAUCCCUAUCCACCAAUCCAAACCUAUCACUCCAUGGAUCCUGACCAGCUACCUGUAAGUUAUAAAGCUCUUUUCCCAGAUUCAGGUUGGGGUUUUAGACCCCCACACAGUUAUCAUGAGUUGUUUGUACACAAUUCACAGAAUAUGAAUCCUUUUGGUCUUAGCUUGGGAAUGGGUCCAUCCCAUGUAUAUGAAAACAACAAGGCAUAUGGAAGUAGUCAACAAGAUGAUGGAUUAGACUUGGAACUUCGAUUAGGUCAUCAUCCAUAGUAUUAUUAUUACAUUUACAUAUAAUUAAAAA